AACUACACUAAACUUAGUCAACAUAUCUUGUCGAAAAAGAGGAAAGACGAAGCCUGUGAAUGAUGCCGUGUUAUUGUUCUGCUCCGUUGCCACUGAAACGAACGAACGGAGAAGACGAUGGCUUCAACGGCCCAGUGUUGACACAGGCAUCAGUGUAUCUGGUCAGAGGUUGUUGAAACAUAGCUAGCUCUGCGCAUGUCACGGGCGUUACGACGACUACAAGACACAAGACAAGACGAGACAACCUUGGGUCCACUUGAGAAGACCGCAAACGCACGACGGACCCUGACCGCGUGCACAGAGCCAGGCCUUGCGAAGCUAUAGAAGGCUACCUACCACCCGAGCCAAUUCGCUCCCUCGACACUUUUCUCACUUCCUGUCAUUCUACCCAGUCCCAGUUUCGCGACAGCGCAAUAGUCAGCAGAAGCAACAUGGCGACUCACAUCGACCCAGCCAUCGCCCAGGCGCUGGCCGCGGAGCCCACUUCCGAUAUUCCUUUUCGAAUGCGAACGAAUCACGUCCAGACGACUUGGGCAAAGACCUUUUCUUGGAUGCCCGAGCUCUAUAUCCAGCCGGAAACAUUAGAGGAGAUCGAGCACCUGGUUAAUGUCGCACGACGCUGCCGUCGCCGCAUUACCACAGUGGGGUGUGGCCACUCGCCUAGCUCCAUCACAUGCACUUCCUCAUGGCUAGUAAACCUGGACAAGUACAACAGGAUCUUAUCUUCUGAUAAAGAAAGCGGAAUUGUGACCAUGCAGGCUGGUAUUCGCCUAUACCAGCUAAGCGCUGAAUUGGACAGGCUGGGUUUGGCAAUGCCCAAUCUGGGAAGCAUCAACCAUCAGAGCAUUGCAGGUGCCAUAUCGACUGGCACUCAUGGGUCAAGUCUCCGGCACGGAUUGGUAUCGGAGGAUAUCUUGUCCUUGCGAAUUACUCUUGCGGACGGUACCACCAAGAAAUGCUCCCCGACAGAAAACCCGGAGCUAUUCCGCGCGUCGUUGAUAUCUCUCGGAGCACUGGGCAUCAUCACAGAGAUCACCUUCCAAGCCGUGCCUGCCUACACACUGCACUGGAGACAGAUCAUCGAUAAAGAUAUCAGCAUGCUCAACCGCUGGUCCGGCGACUUAUGGACUCACGCGCAUUACGUUAGAGUUUGGUGGUACCCAUACACCCGCCGCGCCGUUGUCUGGUCUGCAUCCGAGACUGAUGAGCCAGCUCGCGAUCCCCCGACAUCCUACUACGACGGGGCUCUCGGCUACUACAUCUACCACAAUCUACUCUACCUGGGCCAGUUCGUUCCCCGGAUACUGCCUUGGGUAGAGUGGUUUGUUUUUGGUAUGCAGUAUGGUUUCGCCAAUGGCACCACGACGGAGGCCAUUCAACCGAGCGCCAAGGCUUUGCUGAUGAACUGCCUGUACUCUCAAUUCGUAAAUGAGUGGGCGAUCCCUCUGAGCAAGGGUCCCGAGGCACUCCGCCGACUCAGUAGCUGGUUGAACCACCUGACACCAGAAGAUCCUGACUACGUACCUCACAACAUCCCCUUCUCCGCUGAGGGCCUCUACGUUCAUGCCCCGGUGGAAGUGCGUGUUAGUGAUACCUCGAACCCACAACUGAACUCCAACAGGUCGAACACCAGCCCUUAUCUUGACAUUACGAGCCAUGAUGAACCAACACUUUAUCUCAAUGCUACUUUGUACCGACCCUAUCAUGCGGACCCUCCGUGCCGACAACGGUACUACGAAGGGUUCGAGUGGUUGAUGCGUGAUCUAGGCGGCAAACCGCACUGGGCUAAGAACUUUGAGGCCGAUGGCACUCAAAUUGAGCGCAUGUAUGGCAGCUCGUUGCAACAGUGGCGCAGGGUACGGGACGAGGUUGACCCUGAAGGCAUGUUCGUGGGUGCUUGGCAUAGACGAUUUGUUCUGGGCAAUAGCCCCAGACUACCCUUCGAGGAGGUUGAACUUAACCAGAAACAAAAGUGGAGCGGUGGCAUUGAAUAUGAUGGCAUCACGGCCUCGCAAAUCAAAGGCCCGGACGAUGCAUAGUAUACGCGGCCGUUAAGCCAUCUUGCAAGAUGCGAUUAGAUGCAUAUGAUUUACGAGCAAUUGUCUGUAAGGAAGAUAGCGAAGAAUGAUUAACACGACAUCAACUGUUCGUUGCAAACCAUGAUA